AUGUCACUGUUAGAUACGUUCAGAUUCGAUCAUGAGAUGUUACUUGAUGUCGCCAGUCGCGUACAGCGGCUUAAAAUGUUCCCUUACUUUGACAUUGCUCAUUAUAUUUUGAUGACUAUAGCGGUUAGAGACGAUCUUGCUAAUGGAGCCGCUUUGUUUUCCCGAAAACAUCCAUUGAGUUGUUGGUUAUCUUCAAUCCUUAUGUGUUUCGCUGGUAGUUUCCUGGCGAAUUUUCUUCUUGGCGAACCGGUCAUCGCUCCCUUCAAGCGAACUGAUGACAUCAUAACGGCAACAAUUGUUUGGUACCUGGUUUUCUACUCUCCAUUCGACAUUGUUUACAAGAUCUCAAAACUUUUGCCCGUAAAAGUGGUCCUUUGUGUUCUCAAAGAGUUUUUAAGAGCGUACAAGGUUGCUCAUGGCGUCUCUCAUGCAGCGAAACUUUAUCCAAACUCACUUCUUAUCCAUAUAAUUGUUGGGACCGCGAAAGGAGCUGGCGCAGGUAUUGUUAGGACUUUUGAACAGCUUGUUCGCGGAGUAUGGAUGCCAGCUCACAAUGAGAUGUUACGUCCAACAUUUGCUACGAAAGCUUGCCUCCUGGCUUCUAUCGUCUUUGCAUUUAAUAAGCAGUCCUAUUACAUCACCACACCUCAUGAUGUUGUUUACCUGUGCGUUAUUGGAUUUUUCGUGUAUUUCAAGCUUAGCGCUGUUCUUCUUAACGUGCAGGACCCAUUCGCACCGUUUGAAAAUCUGUUCUGUGCAGUAUUUAUGGGUGGUAUUUGGGACGCUAUGUCAAGAGCUGUAAUUGCAAGUCGAGAACGGCGAUUGGGCGGGAAGAAAAUAGAGAAUGGUAACAUACCGGGCGAGGUUAAAAAAGAACAGUGA